CUUAGUCAGAUUUUUAAACACAAAACUCAAAAUGCUUUCGAUAUGUCAACUUUUAUUAGUAUUGCUUGGACUAUUUUUGGUCGUUGUUAGCGCGGAUGUGGACUGCAGCAAGAGGCCCAAGCUUAUGAAUCCCCGAACCUGUUGUCCGCUCCCAGAAUUUAUCUCAGACGACCUUAAGCAGAAAUGCAUGGAAUACAACGUAGCACCGAACGGUGAGCUGAUCGUAGAUAACACCCGGCUUCAUCAACCAUCUCCAUGCUUCAUCUCUUGUGUCUUUAAUAAGAUUGGAGUCUACGAGAACCAGAAGGUGUAUAUUGACAAGCUGAAGGACUAUGUGCAGGUAAAAUUUAAGGAUGAUUCGGAAAUGCAGAAUUUAGCCAUCGAUUCAUUCACAACUUGUGGCUCCAAAAUUUCUGAAUUCAAGGAUAUGAAGGGCGAUUUUCCUUCAUUGUGUGCCUGGACACAAGCUUUCUUGGUGGUUUGCGUGUAUAACGAAAUGCUAAAGAACUGUCCAGCUACUCUUUGGAGUAAUACCCAGGAUUGUAAUGAUGCUCGAGAGUAUUUUGCCAACUGCAAACAUUCCAAAAAGUGAAAUAACUUUUUCAAAAAACCUUCUGUGCAAGUUUACCAAUAUUAAUUGACUACAUAAAUAAAUAAUGAGUAACAUAAAUGAAUAAUAAUAGCAAAUGUUUUGCUAUUACAAUUUAUAAUUAAAAAUAAAUUAUUACAAAAUAUUU